UCGCGCACAUAAUGAGCUUGGAUGAACAGCUGAUAAUUUCUUUGAUCUGGCCGUCCACCUCAGUCUUUUGAUCCGGAAUGAACACCACCAUCAGCAAUAUUUUUAACAUCACCACCAGGAGGCUGACCAUGGCUGCAACAACCCCUGCUGUUGUGGCUUUCACCGCAGUGAGUGAGAAUUCAUUUACGGUCUUACCAAGCUCCACAGCAGCACCCUUCACCGAAAUCACCACAGAGAACAUCUCAGAUUACUACGCUUACUCCGACUACCCUGAGGGUGACUUCGGGAGGUGUGUGUAUGAGCAUCAUGGGGCCAAAUUCCUUCCAGCCCUCUACGCCAUUUUCUUCAUCUUCGGGCUUCUGGGUAACUCUCUGGUCAUCUGGGUCAUUGCUUGUGGGGUGCGCCUCCGCAGCAUGACUGACGUGUGCCUCCUGAACUUGGCGGUUGCUGACCUCCUCUUGGUGUGUACGCUUCCCUUCCUCGCCCACCAAGCCCGGGACCAGUGGCAGUUUGGGGAUGGGAUGUGCAAAGUGGUCCUGGGUAUCUAUCACAUUGUUUUAUACAGUGGGAUCUUUUUUAUCAGCCUAAUGAGCAUCGACCGCUACCUGGCUAUAGUCCAGGCUGUGUACGCUAUGAGAGUGCGGACGAGGUCCUUUGGAAUGAUCGCAGCGGCUGUCACAUGGGUGGCUGGAUUUUUUGCUUCUUUCCCUGACAUGAUCUUUCUCAAACAGCAGACUUUUACUUACUCUCAGUACUGCUCCCCUGAGUAUCCCACAGCUGACUACUCUGAAGGCAGAUCUCACUUUUGGAGGGUCUUCAGCCUUUUUAAAAUGAACAUUUUGGGUUUAUUUGUCCCUGUCAUCAUCAUGGGCUUCUGCUACUCACAGAUUGUGUGGAGGCUGCUGUACAGCCAGUCAUCCAAAAAACAGGCCAUCCGUUUAGUUCUCAUAGUUGCGGCUGUUUUCCUUUGCUGCUGGGUCCCCUUUAAUGUCGCAUCUUUCUUUAAAGCGCUGGAGCUACUGCACAUCUAUUCAGGAUGCCAAAGCAGCAAAGCUAUCAAACUGGCUUUACAAGUCACUGAGGCCAUUUCCUACUCGCACAGCUGCCUCAACCCCAUCCUGUACGUGUUUGUAGGGGAGAAGUUCAGGAGGCACCUGCUGAGGUUGAUAAACAGGGCUCCCUGCAGGCUCUGUAAGAUGGUCAUGGUCUGCAUACCUCAGGACAGAAUGGCCUUAUCAGUCUACUCGCAGACGUCCAGCCUGGACGACAGGAGCACUGCUGUGUAAUGUCUGUUUCUGUCUGUGUCGUCAAGUCAUGACGAGAGCAUUUUUCUUGUGAAGAAAAAAAGAGGAAAUUCUGGCCAAUUCUCACUUCUUAUCAUCUAUUUUAGGACUUUACUUUAGUCUACAGUUGGGUGUAGGCUAAAGGCAUGUGCUGCAGGAUUUAUUGCUUAGUGUUUAUGAGAACAACAUUCAAACUGGCCCCAUCCACCUGAGCUCAACAAGACUGAGAAAGCAGCGAGGGUCAAGCGAGCCAGAGAGUGAGUAAAGAGAGGAAGCAGGAGCAAGAAAAAAAGCAGUGAAUCUGAGGCAUAAAACAUGAUUUUCUGACUAUUUCAAAGCAGUUCAGCACAAAUUAAUAGAUUUGGGUGAAUUCAGCAUAAACAAACGCUUCACUGUGUCCGCUUGGCUUCUUUGCUCUGCUCAGACUUCGCCUUUAACAGAACAUUUUAGGAACUAAGUGAAGGAGUGAAGGAUUAUAACAGGGAAGUACAUGUGACUAUGAGUCAGCUUGGAAACAGGAGCUUUAUUGCCUAGUUACAUGCAAGCAGCACACCAUAUAUGUAUAUAUCUUUAAAUAAGUUUUAUUAACAUACAAAUAUAUGAUGGAAUUUUACUGUGAAUACGGUUUUUGAUACUUUAGAAAAUUCUUUUGCAUAGUUGAGAAUUAAAUAGAUUGUACCUACACCUGUAUUUUUAGUUGAGAAACUGUUUAUAAAUGAAAUGUAUCGCUUUUUCAUCGUGCCUCUGGCCACAGUUAAAUGAAAAACUGUGAAAAAUAAAACUGUAAUCGAUCCACAGUAUAAAAAGCCUCAGUAACCUCAUUUAAGCUAUCGAAAGAAACAAUAUGUGUACAGUACUGCAACAAGCCAGAGCUGAACUCAGAUAUUGACCACUUGCACUCAGUCACAAGAAACACCAAUAAGAGAAGGGAACUGAAUAUUAUAUGUUAUUCGCCCGUGACAACCACUCUUACAUGCAUCGGUUUUGUGUGUAUCAAACUGUUGCACAGCAAAAGGUCCCCGCUACAGCUGGAAACUUUUAAUGCAAGUUUCAUAGCAUAUGUCACAGCAAAUUUGCACCUAACCUCAACAUAGAAAAAAACCACAACCAGCACGGGAGGAAGUGUAUAACAAAGCUGUCAGCCUAACCUUUGCAGUCUUUCUGCACGAAUGAGCAUUUCACUGCCAUUUUUGAAAAUGUUUCUGCAACAUUCUUACUGAUAUUAAUCAGCAUUUCACACAAAAAAACACCUAAUUUUCAGAUCACUUCACUCUGUCAUGCAGACUGAAUAGGCUCCCCGUUCGUUCAACUCACAGUUAGUAUUUAAUUUAUAUCAGCCGGGGGAUUGUAAACUCAUUGAAAAUGCAGAAAGUUCCUCCCUUCUUCUGAGCUUGUUCCUCCUAUUUUCUACAGAGCUUUCUUUCCUUACUGUAGCAUAGUUGCUGGUAAAUUUGAACUGUUUUGCGUUUAAGUGAAGAUAAAUCAAAUUUUAUGUUAAUGUCCUUCAUCUCCCAUUUUUUAUGACACAGGAUUUAUGUCAGAACCUCAUGGGAGAUCUUUUUGUGUAGUGUAUUUCCCACAGAAAUCAGCAAGAUUUUUUUUGUAAGAGAUUUUCUUUCAGCAUUUUUAUGCUUGACAAACUUGAGAAAGACUGACUUUAAAAAAAAAAACAACUACUCUGUGGUAAUUUGUCUAAUUGCUUAAGUUUGACCUGAUUAACACUGAGUGAAUAUGGGGGGUUUUACAUAAACAAGUUGUAAAUGUAUGGUAAUAUUAUUUGUGUUAUGGAGACAGUAGAAGUUUAAGUUUUUCUU